AUGCAUUAGGGAUCCUUUAUUUUGAGUAAUUAGAAAUUUGCAGAGUUAGAUAUGUUUAGAAAAGAUGUUAGAGAAAAGUUUAACUCUAAAUUUGACAAUCAAAAAACAGUACUUCAAAAAGCUAAGGAAUCUUAAUUGAAUCCAUAUCAAUCCAUUUUCAGAAAUAGUUAAUCACCUAAAGCAUAGAAAAAUUCAUAAUAAUAAUCUCCAAUAAGAAUUAAGCAAUAUUCAAAACACUCUCCAGGUAGAUUGUCUUUUCAAAGAUCUAGUAUUGAAGUGGGUAAUGUUAAUUCUAGGUAUAUGGUUUGGUUUAACUAUUUUUUAGUUUGAAUAUACCUAAGAAAACUUUAAAUGAAAUUGUGGCUGUUGAAAUAAUAUAGGAUUUGGCUAGAGCGUUAAAGGGAUAAAGCUAUGCAGCUACAGAUUUAUAUAUGUAGGAAUUAAGAAAGUUAUCCAAAAUGGUUUUAAAUGAAUGAAUAGAAU